AUGGGUAAAGACUUAAAGGUAUACGACUGGAAAAGUUUAGUAGAGAUUUACUACAAAAAAACUACAUCGUGCCACUUCAAGUUUAAUGAAGCAAAACGUUUUAUUCUCAACAAAUCUACUCAACUAAAUGUCUUGGUUAGAGGCGAAACAUCUUACAACACUGACUUGAAUAAUGGUAAAUUGGUUGUUAAAAAAGGUGCUAAACUAAGGUCUAUUGCAUUGCCAGAUAAUACCAAUGGGAGUACCUUUGAUAUGACGAAACACUUUGGCGAAAAAUGGGAUACAAUGGCGGAAUGUACUUUCAAUAAAAAUGUGAUCUUGGGAAAUACGGUCGAGGUAACAGCCCACAAUAGGAGAGCGGAGGACAUGGAAGACCACGGCACAGAAGAUGAGUUUUGCGAGGGACAUGCAGAUGAGCAACUUGCUGAUCAUGUGUAA